AUGACGGAACCAUUUCUUGUGGGCAUCAGAAUUGAUGACCAGACAGGCUUACGGCAUAAUGCACAAGAUUCACAAACCGUUUGCUUUGGUGGGACACCUUUCUAUUUAGGAGUUGAGAGCAGUGAUGAUGUCAUUGUGGGGAGCAGUAUGGGAAGAUUCCAAAGUUGGGGUUGUCCUGUCCAGUUUGUUGGUUUGGGAGGCAUCUCAGGGAUAAGUUGGGAAGGACCUGUGAAUCCUGGAAGGACUAGUGUGACUGUGCGUGUUCAGGCUGAUAUUAGCUGCCACCAGAGACAGUCUGUCCUUGACUGUGUAAUUAAGAAUGACUUCGUGGCAAAGGCGCUGGAGGACAAUGACCAAGCAGUAUGGCAGAUGGAGAAAUUGUCAUGGGUCUUAGUUCUGCAUCCAGGAUGUGGAACUGAAAAUGGUGAAGUCCUUCCUGACUCCAUCCCAUCAGCUCCUGGGACACUGCCUCAUUUCAUAGAAGAGCCAGAUGAUGCUUAUAUCAUUAAGAGCAACCCCAUCGCACUGAGGUGCAAAGCACGGCCAGCCAUGCAGAUAUUCUUCAAAUGCAACGGCGAGUGGGUCCAUCAGGAUGAGCAUGUCUCUGAGGAGAGCCUGGAUGAAAGUUCAGGCUUGAAGGUUCGGGAGGUGUUUAUCAACGUCACCAGGCAGCAGGUGGAGGACUUCCAUGGGCCAGAGGACUACUGGUGCCAGUGUGUGGCGUGGAGCCACCUGGGGACCUCCAAGAGCAGGAAGGCUUCCGUGCGCAUAGCCUAUUUACGGAAGAAUUUUGAACAAGACCCACAGGGAAGGGAGGUUCCCAUUGAAGGCAUGAUUGUGCUGCAUUGCCGCCCACCAGAGGGAGUCCCUGCUGCUGAGGUAGAAUGGCUGAAAAAUGAGGAGCCCAUUGACUCUGAGCAGGAUGAGAACAUUGACACGAGGGCUGACCACAAUCUCAUCAUCAGGCAGGCACGGCUCUCAGACUCAGGGAAUUAUACCUGCAUGGCAGCCAACAUCGUGGCCAAGAGGAGGAGCUUGUCUGCCACAGUGGUGGUUUAUGUGAAUGGAGGCUGGUCUUCCUGGACAGAGUGGUCAGCCUGCAAUGUUCGCUGUGGUAGAGGAUGGCAGAAACGUUCCCGGACCUGCACCAACCCAGCUCCUCUCAAUGGUGGGGCCUUUUGUGAGGGAAUGUCAGUGCAGAAAAUAACCUGCACUUCUCUUUGUCCUGUGGAUGGGAGCUGGGAAGUGUGGAGUGAGUGGUCGGUCUGCAGUCCAGAGUGUGAGCACUUGAGGAUCCGGGAGUGCACCGCACCACCCCCACGAAACGGGGGCAAAUUCUGUGAAGGUCUAAGCCAGGAAUCUGAAAACUGCACAGAUGGACUUUGCAUUCUAGAUAAAAAACCUCUUCAUGAGAUAAAACCCCAAAGCAUCGAGAACGCCAGCGACAUUGCUCUGUACUCGGGUUUGGGUGCUGCUGUCGUGGCCGUGGCAGUCCUGGUCAUUGGGGUCACCCUGUACAGAAGAAGCCAGAGUGACUAUGGCGUGGACGUGAUUGACUCUUCUGCAUUGACAGGUGGCUUCCAGACCUUCAACUUCAAAACAGUCCGUCAAGGUAACUCCCUGCUCCUGAACCCCUCCAUGCAACCAGACCUAACAGUGAGCCGAACGUACAGCGGGCCCAUCUGUCUCCAGGACCCUCUGGACAAGGAACUCAUGACAGAGUCCUCGCUCUUUAACCCUUUGUCGGACAUCAAAGUCAAAGUCCAGAGCUCCUUCAUGGUUUCCCUUGGAGUGUCUGAGAGAGCGGAGUUCCACGGCAAGAAUCAUUCUGGGACUUUCCCCCAUGGAAACAACCGCAGCUUUAGUACAAUGCACCCCAGAAAUAAAACACCCUAUAUCCAAAACCUCUCAUCACUCCCCACAAGGACAGAACUGAGAACGACAGGUGUCUUUGGCCAUUUAGGAGGACGCUUAGUAAUGCCAAAUACAGGAGUGAGUUUGCUCAUACCACACGGCGCCAUCCCGGAGGAGAACUCUUGGGAGAUUUAUAUGUCCAUCAACCAAGGUGAACCCAGCCUGCAGUCAGAUGGAUCCGAAGUGCUCCUGAGUCCUGAAGUCACCUGCGGUCCACCGGACAUGAUUGUGACCACUCCCUUUGCAUUGACCAUUCCACACUGUGCAGAUGUCAGCUCAGAGCACUGGAACAUCCACUUAAAGAAGAGGACACAGCAGGGCAAGUGGGAGGAAGUGAUGUCAGUGGAGGACGAAUCUACAUCCUGUUACUGCCUUUUGGAUCCCUUUGCAUGUCACGUGCUUCUAGACAGCUUUGGGACCUAUGCCCUCACUGGAGAACCAAUCACAGACUGCGCCGUGAAGCAACUCAAAGUGGCGGUCUUUGGCUGCAUGUCCUGUAACUCUCUGGAUUACAACUUGAGAGUGUACUGUGUGGACAAUACCCCUUGUGCAUUUCAGGAAGUAGUUUCAGAUGAAAGGCAUCAAGGUGGACAGUUACUGGAAGAACCAAAGUUGCUGCAUUUCAAAGGGAAUACCUUCAGUCUACAGAUCUCUGUCCUUGAUAUCCCCCCAUUCCUCUGGAGAAUUAAACCAUUCACUGCAUGCCAGGAAGUACCAUUCUCCCGCGUGUGGUGCAGCAACCGGCAGCCCCUGCACUGUGCCUUCUCCCUAGAGCGCUACACACCCACCACCACCCAGCUGUCCUGCAAAAUCUGCAUCCGGCAGCUCAAAGGCCAUGAACAGAUUCUUCAAGUACAGACGUCAAUCCUAGAGAGUGAAAGAGAAACCAUCACUUUCUUUGCACAAGAGGACAGCAGUUUCCCUGCACAGACUGGCCCCAAAGCCUUCAAAAUUCCCUACUCCAUUAGACAACGAAUUUGUGCUACAUUUGAUACCCCCAACGCCAAAGGCAAGGACUGGCAGAUGUUGGCACAGAAAAACAGUAUCAACAGGAAUUUAUCUUAUUUUGCUACACAGAGUAGCCCAUCUGCUGUCAUUUUGAACCUGUGGGAAGCUCGUCAUCAGCACGAUGGUGACCUUGACUCCCUGGCCUGUGCCCUGGAAGAGAUUGGGAGGACACACACAAAACUCUCGAACAUUACAGAAUCGCAGCUCGACGAACCCGACUUCAACUACAGCAGGCAAAAUGGACUCUAGUCCACGUCGUCUCCUGAGAGUGAUGGCCAGCUUCGGGACACUUGCUUUAAAUGGGAAAGAAAGAGGCAGCUUUCUGCCCAGUGGGAUUUGGGGAAUUCAGGCUUCAUUUACAAUCAGUGAGAACCCCUGGUUGAAGAAACUACAUUUUAUAUAGGUAAAAUAUGUUAAUAGGGCAAAGUACAAGUUCUCUUAACUAUCAGAGGGCUCUGCUGCCUCCUCUGACGUAUCCACACUGGGGCUAACAUUUGUUGAAUGCCUCAGAUUUGGAGUGGCAAGGAGAAAGAGCGAGGACAUAGCUAGGUAGCAGUGACUAUGGGGAAAAUGAGCUACAAUAAAGCUGGGAAGACAGAGGAUGAAUAAGUGCAUGUUUUCUAACAGGUUUUUAAUGAUGUGGCCCAAAGAGCCAGCUGAUUCUGUGACCAGAUUGUCAGAGUUUUCUACCAACAGGCAUCCAUGAUGUUGGCAGUCGUUGUUAAAACUGGCUUUUAGAAGUGACAAACGGUUGCCAACCUCUUUGUGUGACCUUAGCAACAUUAAGAACACUUGGAGUUUAGGAUCUGAGUACAUCACACCAGCACCAAUACCCUAUCUACCCUAGCCACUCAAUGGAAACAAGACUUGGAGGUAAGCUAGACUACAACCAGUCCUUGCAGUGUCUACCAUCUUUUUUUUGUCAGAGGCAAAUCUACCCACAUUUUUUCUUCGCCUUCCUUCCCCACUACAGUAGAGGUUUCUAGAUGCAUAAUCAGACUGUUCAGUAUGGAAAAGUAUUUCUCAUAAUUAAACAAAGAUGGAACACCUUACACCCAUCUAAGUCACUAAAUUGUAGACUGAGUUUAUAACAAAGCUACGAAAUAGAUUUGAAGACUAAUUCAAAUCUGAUCCAAGGAAACUUAGGAAGUGUUGAUGUCACAAAGAAGCUGCAAUUCUAAUAUAUAGUUGUUCCAGUUUUCCCAAAAAUCAUUGUUAUUUGGGGAAAGGUGUUUUACUAUACUUUUCAAUCUAGGUUCUUGGUGUUUUCUUGUCUUUUGGUACUGUUAUCACCAAAUCGCUAUAGAGCUAUAAGUCAUCUCUUUUUGCCUCUUGAGAAAUUCACAGAUAGACUUUGCUCUAAUGACAUCCCAGUAAAUAGAUCUGAGGAAUACUUCUACCACCAUGUCCAAGAACCACAGGCAUUAUUGAGGGAGCUUUCAAGCUCUGAUUACUCAAUCUCAACAAGCUUUCUCCACAGAACCAUUCUGACAUGGUUUUUUGUUUCAGAAGAGAGAUAAUUAGAUUGUAGGGAAUUAAGUUCCACAGUAAAUCAUGAUCUCCAUCUUAACAUUUCAACUUUUCUCCCGUUAAAUCCUUUUUGAAAGGAUGACCUGGUAGACUAAGGAUGAAUGGAUCUGUCCCUGCUCAUCUUCUGGUGGAUGUUUUAAUUAACCAUCCACAAUCAGGGCAGCCCAGCCCUAGGACCUAGAUUAACCACAAGGCAAAUCAGCUAGUUGAAUAUCAAUUAAGCUAGAAUAAAAUUGGUCAGGAAAUGAGAGAGAUGAAGAAUACUCAGUAGUGGGGAUAUGAUCAGUUUUUUGUUUUUUUUUAAACAAAGUUUUUGCAAGUCCAAGUUUAAAGAAAAAAUCUUAUAAAUCUCCACCUAUGUGAAAAACACCUAAAUAUUAGUUGGAUUAUGAUAUUAUGGUUAAGACAUUGAAGAACUCUUAAAUGUUGGUCAUUUUCUCUAGUAUGUGGUAUAAAUGGUCUCCUAUAUUUGAUAGAAGGCUUUGCUACAUGAAAUUCAAAAGCAUCAUGCUUUUCUCAGGAACCAAAGGCAUAUUAUAUGGCAUGAAAAAGUCCUCUUGGAACUAUCAUACAUUUUCAAAAUACCGUAUCUAAAUCAGGUGAACAUCCUUUGCCAGUGUAUUCAACUUGUUUAUUUCUCCUAGGAAACAAUGGAAACCAUAUAAAGUGUUAAUCAUUUAACAUCCCUGAUAUAGUUUCUGGAAUAGAGAGAAGUAGAAGUAGAUGGUUAACCUCCCAAAAUAAGUGACAAAGUGUUGUUUACCAUGGGUGGUAUAUAGAAAGAAUAAGCACUAACUAUUGGAUAAGAAUUUAUAGAAUUGACAGUAUAGAGCUUCAGUUAGUAUCUAUCUUGGAGGAUUAAAAAAAUAAAACCACCUUACCAUUUUUUUCUUCUUCCCUUCUAAUUGGUUUUUAUAAUAGCUUCAUUUUUUUUUCUGUGCAUCCACACAGAUCAUUUUUAGAGUUUAAGACAAAUGAUAACUUUAAUUUCCCUAGAGUAGAUCUAGAUUAUUCCAGGUAAGGUUAUCAAUUUGUGAGUACCUAGAAUUUCCUCCCAUAGAUUUUUCUUGGGGCUGUCCUAUUGAAUGACAAAGGUAGCAAAUUAACAUGACUCAUCUGUGAUUUCAGCACAAGGUUCAAACACUUCAUUUUGUUCCUUCUUUACAUUUAUCUUCUGUUAGUAUCAUACAUAG